AUGUCCUCAUCCCGUCCUCGCCAACGCAUCCGCAACCUCCUCCCCCAUCUCCGCCUCGGCAAAUGGCCCCCCGGCGCCCUCAACUCCAUCACCGACAUCCCCAACGUCCUCGUCCACACCCAAUCCAUCCACAGCCCUCCCGGCAGCGCCACCCCAACGCCCGACAUCAACACCGGCGUCACCGUCAUCCUCCCCCGGGCAGACUGGUACAAGUACUCCAGCUUCGCCGGCAUAUUCAGCUUCAACGGCGCCGGAGAACUGACGUCGUCUCACUGGCUAAACGAAACGGGCCUCCUCGCCUCGCCCAUCGUCCUCACGACGACGUCGGCUGUGGGGGAUGCGUACCGUGGGAUCUGGGAGUAUACGAUCCAGCAUCAUUCGAACGAGGAUAAAGAGCUGGACCUGUUUCUCUUCCCAACCGUUGGCGAGACGUAUGAUGGCUUUCUCAACGAUCAGAGCAGAUUCGCCGUCACGCCGCAGCACAUCAUCGACGGCAUCCGCAACGCAACCGCAGAUGCCGUGCCCGAGGGCAACACCGGCGGCGGAACGGGCAUGAUCUGCCACCGCUUCAAGGGCGGCACCGGCUCCAGCAGCCGCAUCGUCAAGGGCUUUGACAUUUCCGGCAACGAAAAGUCGUACACCGUCGGCGUUCUCGUGCAGGCGAACUACGGCUCAAAGGACAAUUUGUGCAUCGGCGGCGUCCCCAUCGGCCAGAUCCUGAAAGAGCAAAGCCAGCAAGAAGAAGAAGAAGAAUCCGCAGACAAGCUCAAGCCCGGCGAAAAGGAGCCUCGUAAAGACGGCAGCAUCAUCGUCGUUGUGGGCACAGACGCUCCUCUGUUGCCCAUCCAGCUGCAGCGCCUUGCGAAGCGUGCCACGGUCGGGUUGGCCAAGGUCGGUGGCUACGGGAGCAACACCUCGGGCGACAUAUUCCUGGCCUUUUCCAACGCGAAUGAGAUUCCCUUUCAGGAGGUGUCCAUGGCGGCGGCGGCGGCGGGAGCGCGGCCUAGGCAGCCGCUUGUGCCGCAGGUGAUGGGCGUGCAGAUGGCGGAUAAUGAUACAGUGGAUGGGCUGUUUGAGGCUGCGGCUGAUGCUACCGAGGAGGCGAUUUACAAUGCGCUCUGCAUGGCGGAGACGAUGGUUGGUUUUAAGGGGAGGAGGGUUGAGGCUUUGGAUUUGGGACUCGUUAAGGAUGUUGUUGGGAGGAGACUGUAA